GCCACAUANAGCUAACAUGGAUAGCCUUGAAGUAUGCACUUUAUAAGAAGAUGACGCAGGCCGCCAUCCUUAUCCAGAGUAAGUUCCGCAGCUACCACGAGCAGAAGAAGUUCCAGCAGAGUCGGCGAGCUGCCCUGCUGAUCCAGCAGUGUUACCGCAGCUACAGGGAGUUUGGUCGGCUGAAGCCUCGUCGCCAUGGCACCACCACCAUGGUGCAGCACAAGCUCAGAAGCAGUCUGUUAACCAAGAAGCAGGACCAGGCUGCCCGCAAGAUCAUGAGGUUCCUUCGCCGUUGCCGCCACAGCCCCUUGAUGGACCAUAGGCUGUUCAAGCGGAGCGAAAGAAUUGAGAAAGGCCAGGGAACAUGAAAGUGUCCAGAGGAGUCCCUUGAAGAUGUGACAUCACUCUCCAGACUCUUUUUUUCUGUUUGUACCAAACAUUUUACAAGUGGACAAAAAAAAAUUCAAAAAUACAGUGAAAGCACUGCAAUUAUUACUACUACAGCAGGCGUCCUACAGUGGAUUCUACUCCUGCUACUACACACGCUACAGCCGUCUCUUUCUUUUUUGUAUUCAGUUUUUCCGUUUGUCUUUCUGUAAGGGGGAAGCUGCGAGUCCUGAAGGAUUAAAAACUACAGGGGCAAACGGAGGGAGGACAUUCGCUUUGUGGCAUUUUUUGCACUUUUUCAUGGAUUGAUUUUUCAUUUUGGCAUGAGGGUGGGGGGAACGGAACAAAAACAACGGGACAAGACUGUCAUCUUUGUCCUUCAGCGGAUAACGAAACGGAAAUUCAAAAUGGAAACGCGUCAUACACAUGUGGGGACCUUCUUUUAAAUAUCUCAUUAUUUAUUUUUUUAAAAAAGAGACUAACCCAUUUGGAGACAAAAAAAACACAUGAACCAAAAAUUGUUGAUAACACGUUGACCCUUUUGCACGCAAACUCCUAUUCACAGCCUGAUAAAUCCAUUAUGGUCAGAAAUGCUUUUUUUCCUCCGUCAUUUAUUUUGCUCUGUCUGCCUUGUCAACCAAUCAAAUGUGAUGGAACCACACAUGAAUGUAAGAAAGGUGUGGCCAGAAAAUUAGCAGAGUUAAAGCAUAUCCUUUAUUUUGUUAUCUUAGUUGAGGGCUAAUGUAUGUUAGUGGUGGAAUCAAAUCCAAGGAACAAGUUUGUCUGUUUUUGCUUUCGAUUUUGUGUUGUUUUUUUUCAGUUUGCUUGUCUCCUGCAAGUCCUGUGGCUGUUUUAUUUAAAAAAUGAAACGAAAUGCAUGCAUCCUGGCAAAAGAAAUGCCUACUUAGAUAAUUCCCUGGCUUCAUGCUUGAAUUCUGAACAAAAAAAAUGUACCAUUUUAUUUAUAUAUGUUAUUUAUUUAUGUAUUUAUUUUUCCUCCACCCACUGUGGUGAUGAUGUCAGCAGUGUACCCAGCACUUCCCCCAACCCCAACUCAUUUCCUCUGUUUAAUGUAACAUGUCACCCACUGCUUCAUUCACUUUUAGUUGUUUUUUAAUUAUUUAUUAUGCCUUUCGUCCUCAUUACAUUUUGACUCCGUUACAGUUGUGAAGGUUAUUGUGUUGUUCUGUUUUAAACGAACUUCAGAAGCUGUAAAAGGCUUUUGAGGUGAAGAUCACAUACAUUGCCUUGACUUCUUAGGGAUCCUUUGAAGUCCCUUUACUGGGGGUAGAAAAAUCCGUAUUUUUGACUAUUGAGCAGUUUCUGUAUAUAAUGAAGGUUGAAGGUACAUGGAGAAAAAAAAAAAUGUUUAUCUGAAGGGGAUUGUAUUUAAAAAAAAUAUAUAUUAUUUUAUUCAUAAAAGGUGACAAUAACACGGUAAGGGACAAAAACAUAAUAUUUGUAUAGUUUUGUUUGAAUGCUCAAGAAGUAUGGUUGUAUGGUUGUAUUGUUUGUAUAUAGUGUACAUAUGGGAUAAAACGAGCUAUGUGCAUGAAAAUUUAAGACAUGAACAGACAAACAAAAAAAAAGAUAAAAAGCAUUAGUGGCUAUGGUCUGUAAAAUGAUUCAAACUAUUUCACUAUAAGAGUAUUUUAUUUUAUUUUAAAUGUUCUUAAAAAGAACAUUUUGCUAAAGCAUGACCUUACUGCAAAAGUUUAAAAAAGUAUUUAGAGUUAGGGAAAAGGCAAAAUUAACUUAAGACAAAAAAAAAGAGGUUAUGUUUUUUUUUUUUUCCUUUUUUCCUUUUUUGUUCUGGGCUACCAAGAAUUUUAUC